GAAAACCACUCAAAAACGAAACUGAAUGUAAACGCAUUUUAUUUGGUUUGAGUUUCACUUUAUUGCAGCGAUGCGACCAACGACCAACACCUACAUUUGCCUAAACUUGUACAGCUGAUGGAAGCAGAGGAAGAUGUCCAGAGUGUAUUAACACAGGAGACCCAUGAGCUGGCAGACAUUCUGGGCUAUCAAGAUGAUGCAGUUCUCUCCAAACUCUAUAAAAUGAUGGACAGCAGAGCGCGGGAACGGCUCGUGCGCGCUGCCAGUCACAGAGAACGCAUCCUGGAGAUGUUGGGUUACUUCAGCACAGCAGACCCUGCUAUGUGCCGCCAAUUUCUUCAAAUGGUCUGCAUGCACUGCGACAUGCCAAUGCGCCUGGAAUCUCGGCUGAUGUCUGUUACCGGAUCUGUGACUAGUGAUCCUUGGCCUACACUGGCAAGAGAGGCCCUAUCCAUCUGUGAUCCAGAAGAAGUAAUUGAAAACAACAGCCAUACCCUGGUUGAUGAGUCUAUAGCAUCUCAAGGUUGGUGUGUAAAACGCCCACGAAUAGACCACGUAGAAAGCUACAAGGCUGCUGUUAGGAGAUUUCUACUGCAGAGGUGGGAGAGGGUGAUGCAGGGUGUGGUGAAGGAGGUUCGUCUGGAAGAGGCCUGGGUCAGUCUGCGCCACAGAACCCAUGUUAGACCCAGAGACAGGGCUGAUGGAGCUCUGAGCCCCUCAGAGCUUCCACAGGGGGACGAGGAGGGGACUGUGGAAGACAGGGUGACUGUUCACUCCCUCUUGGGUUCGGAAGCCCAGGUCACACUGCUGUUAGGCCAGGCAGGGUCAGGGAAGACACUACUGAUGCACUGCCUUGGCCAGAAAUGGACACAGGACGCCUCUCCCUCCUUUCACCUACUGAUCCUGCUAGAGUUCCGCCAGCUCAACCUCGUGGCUCGGCCGCUCUCUCUGAAGGAGCUGCUCUUUCGCUUCUUCCUCCCACCAGAGGGUGGGGAGGAGGAGUGUACCGCUGUACUUGACUUCAUCCUUGAAAACCCUGAGAAAAUAUGCUUGAUCUUUGAUGGCUACGAUGAGUUUCACACUAAAAUAACCCACUCAGGGAAACUGAGCAGCUCAUUUGACCCACUGUGCCCACUCCCCAUGGCAGAGCUGAUCUCAGGCCUGUGCAGUCGCAGAAUCCUCCCAGGAUGCACUCUGUUGAUUACCUGUAGGCCUCGGGAUGUGACAGACUUGGAGAGUUCUGUGGACUGCAUUGGGGAGCUGCUAGGUUUCAACCAGCGCAGUGUGAAAGAAUAUGCUGAACAGUACUUCCAGGACAAGGGUCUGAAUCUGAAGGAGAAGGCAGUGAGUCAUCUACUGGCCAACCACCACCUCCUCACCAUGUGUUACCUGCCAGCCCUCUGCCAUAUCUGCUGUGUGUGCCUGGACCACAUAUUCUCCAGUGGUGGGUCUGAGCUUUUACCCCAGCUUCCAAACACCCUCACCCAGGUCUACCUCCAGAUCCUCUGUGCCUUUCUGAGCCGAUGCCCAGGGAGCAACACACCCCUGUUGCAGAGUCACAGGGCAGAGGUCACACUGCUGGGCCGCCUGGCCAUGAGGGGCCUGGAGGGGAGCAAGAUCGUGUUCUUGUCUGAAGAGGUUCCACCAGACCUGGUGGACUUCGCCACUAAGGCUGGUCUCCUCUCACAGGUGGACCUGACCCAUGAGGAUGGAUCUAAAGGCCAGGGCUACACAUUCAUGCACCUCACCAUGCAAGAGUUUCUGGCCGCGCUACACAUCAUGACCAGCGACGACAUCACAGAGGCCCAGCUCAGGAAGAAGUUCAACCUCAAGACCCGCUGGACCACGAAAUCAAACCCCAAGACUGUUUUCACUGACUCCCUCCAUCUGUAUGUUUGUGGGCUUGCUGCACCAGCCUGCUUCUCUUACCUGCUUCAGCUUGUUCGGGGAGUGGGGGCUGUGGCGUGGGUGAAGAAACGCCUGUCACUAGUUCGCAAGUUGCUCCGAAGCCUGGCAAUGAGCACCAACCUGACUGGGCCCAAGGUGGUGGAGCUGUGCCACUGUGUCCAGGAGACCCAGGAUGCCCAACUGGCCAGGGAGAUGGUGGGGUCGCGACCCUGCUUCGAACUAAGGAACAUCACAUUGAACCCUGUUGAUCUGGAUGCCCUGGCCUUUGUCGUCUCGUCUGCUGGAGUGAGUAUCGGGUUGGACUUUGGAGCCUGUUCUAUGGAGCUGGAGUGUCUCGAUAUUCUACCCAGCUGCCAGCACAUCGACUUUCUAAUUUUUCGAAGCCGUAAGUAUGAUGACAGAUUUGCAGAUAAACUUUCUUGCAUCCUUCCCAGACUACCAACCCUGAAAAGAUUUGAGUUUAUCUGUGGUAACCUCACUGAUGUGGGAGCUGCCAAACUUGCCAGAGCCCUGGAGAGCUGUCCACAGAUCACAGAGCUCAAUUUCAGUGACAACAGCCUGACAGACAGAGGAGUCCGGGAGAUCACUGACAUCUUUCCCAAGCUGCCCAGUCUGGCCUCUGUCUCGUUGGGGAAGAAUGGCUGCUCUCUGGAGAGUAUCUACAUCCUUCUAGAGAAGAUCACUUCCAGCCCCUCCAUCCAGGGACUCUAUGCUGAGUUAAUAUUGUGGAAUAACUGCAAUGUUUUUGAGGGCACAAGGGGAAUGAAGGACGUCAGUGUCCUAUUUGUCCCAAGCGUGGACAUGAAAUGUUCUAAGGAUAAAACUGGACUGACUGUCAGCCUGUUGAACUGCAGUUUCACUACUGACCAGAUGAACAGACUGUGUCAGUUGCUAGCGAGAUGUCCUGGUCUCUCUGUCCUGGAUCUCUCAGGAGGUGACAUCAAGGCUGAUACCCUCAAGGCCCUGACUGACUCUCUACAGGAGCUGAACAUCUCCAAACAGAUUGUUCUGAAUGGGAUUCCCAUAUCUGUUGAUGGGUUGAUGGUUCUGACCAGUUUCCUGUCUGUAUGUCCUGAUGUGGUUCAAGUGGACAUCAGCCUGCAGGACCCUGUGCGUGUGUCUAUACUUUUUGCUGGGGGGAUAGAGAAACAACAUCCUGAGAUGUCUAAGAAACUUCGUCUGAUUGGCUGUGCUCUUCUUCCCCCUCACUUGGACCAUCUGUGUGAGAAUCUGACGGGCUGCUCUGCUCUGACUCUGCUGGAUCUGUCCAACAAUUCUCUGGGAAACAAAGGUCUAAAGAAGUUGUUAGACCUCUUACCUCAGCUUAGCAACAUCCAGGAAAUCAAUGUCAGUGAGAAUGCAGUUAGCAUGGAAGGGGUGGUGCUGCUAGCUGACACGCUCUGCUCACACAGGAACAUGAGCGAAGUGAAUAUCAGUCAUGGAGGGAAGAAGCUGUUCCUGAAAUUCCAUUCCAGUAAAAGAAUACAAUCAGAAGCACUCAGGACCUCACCAGAUAUGGAACAGGAUAAGAAACUCAGUCUAACUCACAGUGAUAUCCAGGCCACUGACAUGACCAGGCUGUGUAGAAGACUGGUACAGUGUCCCGGCCUACUGAAGCUAGAUUUCUCCCAUGGAUCCCUCAAGGACGAUGCCAUUGAAAAUCUAUUGAAUAUCCUGCCUAAGAUGACAUCUCUUCAGCUGCUCAAUAUAAGCCAUGUCCAGAUGUCUACGGACGGAGUGUUGUUAUUGGUCAGAUCUCUGAUAGACUGUCAGCGUGUCAGAGCUGUGGAACUCAGGCCCCAAGGAGAAGCGUUCAUCAAGUUUGUCAACGUGAAAGCAGAACAAGCAACUUGCAGACUCACCCAGUACACACUGAGCAGUGGGGAUGUGGAGAAACUCUCUGGGAUCCUGGAGCAGUGUCCUCAUUUGUCUGACCUGGAUUUAUCCAGUAACCUCCUGAGAGACGAGGGAGUGAAGAGCUUUGUGGAUUCUCUGCCAAGGCUGCGGAUUGCCAGCUCAGUGAAUCUUAAUGAUAACAGACUGACCCAGAUGGGGGCGCUCUACCUGGUGAACACAGUGACGACCUGUGAGAAGGUGGCUGCAGUUGAAGUCAGUUUGGGAACUGAGGAGAGGUCGCUCAUUCGCUUUGAACAGGAGAGUGACUGUGGCAAAACUCUGAGUCUGAGAGAGUGUCAUUUUGGGGCUGACCAUCUGCAGAGACUAGCAGAGAUUCUGACACGCUGUGCUGCUCAGUUGAUCAAGCUGAGGAUAAGAAACAGCGGACUGAGUGUUCAAGUGAUUGAAGACUUGGUGAAGCAGCUGAGGUGUGGUCACAUCCAACGCUAUAUCAGUAUUGAGGAGCCAUGGAUCACAGCAGAAGCAGCUGUAAACCUGCUCUCCUGCUGCUUGAACCUGAACCCCAACAUACACACCAUCGGGGUCAAUAAUUCCACUGUACAUAUUACUUUGGAAGAAUGCCAAAAUCCCACUGCUACCAGUGGUGGCACUUCUACAGACAUGUCUGGCUCUCUGUCUACCGUGACCAUAAGCCUGGUAGACUGUGCAGUACAAGGGCACCACCUAGUGUCUCUGCAGACUGUGUUCCAGAGGUGUGUUCUGCUACAGGAACUAGAUUUGUCAUACAACAGCAUUGGUAGAGUGGGAGCAGAGUUCAUCUGCUCUGUCCUACCAUCCUUAGCUAGUCUGAGGAAACUCAGUCUGGAAACAAAAGAAACCUCUGAAGAUGUGGUAUUGCUCCUUGCCGAGGGGUUGUUGCAGGCUAAAAGCAUUGAGAGCUUGAAUUUGUCUGGUCAUAUGAUUACUGACAGAGAAGCUGUAGCUCUGACCAGAGCACUCCAAAACCUUCCUCAUCUCAGAACAAUCAAUCUGUCUCUCUGCCAUGGUUGGACACCAGCAGGGGCCUUGGAGCUGGUGAGAGGGCUGGGACGGUGCCUCUCUCUGGAAGGGAUCAGCCUUGACUCUGUACAGCUGGAUGAGGAGAGCACAGUGUGCCUGGCCCAAGGUCUCCAUGCUAUGACCUCCUUGAAGAGGCUGAAUCUGAAUAAUAAAGUUACCAUGGUGACUGGAUCCCCAUGGGUGGGGGCCACUCUGGUCCUGCUGGCCUCUUUGGAGGGGCUCAGAGGGAUGGAGGAGCUAGAGUUAGAGGGGAUGAGGAUUUCAGAUAAUGGAGUGGAGGAGCUUAUCAAACACCUGCCCACCUGGACAGGCCUGAAGAAGAUCAGCCUGUCAGGGAACUGCAUCAGUGACCAAGCAGGAGAGAGGCUGGUCCAGGCCCUGACAACCUGCACAGCACUGGAGGAGCUCAAUCUGUCAAGGAAUAAUCUCAGCCUUGCCUGUGCUGCCAAGAUGGGACAAGUUCUGCCCACUCUCACUCACUUCAGGGUUCUAGAUCUCUCAGAGAACGAGAUUGGUACAAAAGGAUCUGUCAGUAUCUCCAAAGCCUUGAUCUCCAUGAAGUAUUUGACAAAGAUACACUUGACCUCCAUAGGGACUUCAGAGCUUGCUGGUCUGGCUGACAGCCUGGCUCACUGUGUCUGUGCAGAGGAUGUCAGUUUUGCGUGGAAUGAUUGUGGAGAUGAUGUCGCAGUGAAGCUUGCCGAGGUUUUACCACAAUGCCAGAAGCUAAGGAGACUUGAUCUAGAGUCUAACAGUAUCAGCACUAUUGGAGCAGAUGCACUUGCCAGAAGCUUACAGUCUUGUCCAUCAGUUGAAGUGAUCAGACUGUGGAGGAAUUUUAUUUCUACCAGUGAUGCCCAGAAACUGAGACAGAGGGAGAAGAGGCUCAACUUCUCCUCCACAUAGUCUAAGAUCUAAUCUCACUCAUUCAGUGUGUCAGCAGAACAGUAAACUUGCACUUUUAUUUUGGUUUUAUGCACUUAAAGUUGAUUUUGUUUACAUGUCAUCAAAUUCAAAACAAACAAUAAUAUCAUCCAGGAGGAGGAGGAACAGUGAACCUUUAUUCCAACCCUGGUAAGAGGAUAUAAGAGACAAAUCUCCCUUUAUACAUCUUCCUUCCUCUUCCUGGACAAUCAGCUCAUAGUCUCUUUCCACUCUCGUAUUUAUUUCUGGAUUGAUUUUGAAUCAGGAAUUUAUUGAUUGUUUGUUUUGCUAAAAACAAAUGUCCACCUCAGGUAGAAAGCAUGAGCAAAUGACUAAUAACUCAAGUUUAUGCUUCAGGUGUUCCUGCUCUCUAUCUUGGUUUGUAAAACUUGAACUAUUUAUAUGUUGAUCUCUCUCCAUAUGUUAACUAAGCAUUGAGGUAGAGUUGAAAUAUAGUUUUUCUGAUGGAAACCACUGUUUGGUGUGAUUUUUAUUUCUUACACUUUAGUUCUCUUGCACUGCUGGAUUCUAAUGUCACUGCUCAUGUUUAACUGUUGUGUUAUUAGAUGUAUUUCUGCUCAUCUGCUAAUUUAGUUCUUAUUCCUCACACUUGUUUUUGUAAUGUUCAUGUUUUAAUCUCACGUGCACUUUGGUCUAAUAAAUUGUGAGACGUCUUUUUCAUAUUCCAUGUAAAUAGUGAUUUUCUUUAUCUGAACAUACCUCUAGAUGGCAAUACACAACAGGAGGUUAUAUUGUGCAUCAGUAGGGGAAAUAAACUGGGUGCCUUCAUUUGAAA